GUCUGAGCUCGAGGACGUGCGAGCGUGAUGAAGGUGAAGCAUUAAUUCACUAGUGCACCGUCCUCCUCGUCCAAUCCCGCAAAUCUAACCACAAACGUGAGGACGUCUUUCUUCCAUUUGGACUGCAAACUCCCAACUUUUUUUUUUCUCACAUUUUCACCUUCUCUUCAAACGUUUCAUUAGGAAGACACUUGGUUUAGUCUCGUCCCCCCCACCACCACUGGACAGCCUCCAGAGCUUUGGCCACCAUGCAGCUGGAAGGAGGACUGGCGGUGUCCCGCAGGGAUCCAGUGAUGCUGAUGUAAAUUAAGACAGAGUGGGGGGGGGCGGGGUCAUGUACGUACUGUGUCCCUUGGUGGUCCUGGCGCUGCACGGCUUCUUCAAGAGUUGCCGCCAAAAAGACGUGAGCGCUGACUGUGGCGAGGUCACAGGGCGGGCCCCCGAUGGUGGACUCUUGGUGGUGGGAGGGGGGCCUCAAAGGAAGUGCACAAGGAUGAAGGGCAGGUGUGGCGGCGUCCGGAGGAAGCGAGUCCAGCCGGUCCAGAAGUCAUUCCAGCUGCUCAGUCCCACGGUCAUGUUUGGACCAAGAAAGACGUGGGACCUCGGCCACACCCCCUGUUUGCAGGAGCUCUGGAAGAACGACUUCUCGUUGGACGCGAGUUCGCUGGACUUCCUGAUGAGUGAUGGUGAGGAGGACGCCUCCUUUCUGUCUCUGCCCAACCCCGCCUUCUCUCAGCGCUCCCUUCUGACCGCAGAGCUGAGCGAAUCAAGCGCACCCAGGCAGCAGCAGCUGCUCCUCCAGACACUUCAGGACAAAGUGUGUGACCUUCGCACUCGCCUCGACGUCGAAGCGCUGCAGCACCCCGUGCUCGGGCGGCCAGGCGGUCUGGCGGCGUCGCAGGAGGCGCUAAGCGGUGGUGUGGACAAAGAGCAGCUGGUCACUCGGCUGCACUCUCAGGUCGAGGAUCUGGAGAAGAAGCUUCUGGACCAAACACAGGAGGUGGAGAGACUACGCUCAGAACUGGGGGCAACGGACCUGGAGAAACAGCUGGAGCUUCUGGAGGUGGAGAACAGGCGUUUGAAGCGCGAGCUGACCUCCUGCCGGAGCAGCGAAGCAGCGUGCAGCUGCAGCCAGGAUGUCGAGGCUCUGCGGAGGGAAGUGUCUCAUCAGGAGAACCAGGCCCGUCAGAGAGAGCGCCACCUUGCUGAGCUGGAGAGACAACUGCUGGACAAAACUGCCAAGGUGGACACGUUGCAGUGGCAACUGGACCGGUCUGCAACGGCACCAGUGGAGCCAUCAGGCCAUUGGUCGUCUGACCAAAAAGCUGUGGACCAGUUGCAGAAUGAGGAGGCGGUGCAGGGCGUCGCUCAGGCGGGGGAGGCAGAGCCUGACGAGUCCACGGCAGCGCUGCAGCUGAAGAACGUGUUGCUCCAGGAGCAGCUGUGUGUGCAACGCCACCUGCUGCGAGAACUCGAGACGCAGCUGCACGACUCGCAGAGGACCUGCGCUCAACUGAGGACGCAGCUCUUCUCCGACCUUGGCCUUCUGACGGCACACAAACACAUGUCUGAGCGCAGGUCCAAGAUUGCGGUCUACGACGGCGAGAUGGAGCGUGCUCAGAAGCAGCUGGACGCAGAGCUCGUGCACUUGAAGGAGGAGAAGAACCGCAUGAUUGAGGAGGCCUUCAUCAGGGCCGAGAGCGAAAUGAAGGCCGUGCACGAGAACCUGGCAGGAGUGCGCAUGAAGCUGGUGGGUCUUCACCCGGCCUUGAGGACGCUGACGUGCGACUACAACACGCUGAAGAAGCAAGUGCACCACUUCCCCGUCAUGCUGGACAAAGCCAUCACUGACGCCAAGCACGAGAUCUGUCAGGUCAUCAGUGAAGUGAGCAGCACCAACCAGAACCUUCUGGACAAAUACAAGCGAGAGAUGAACCUGAGGAAGAAGUGCCACAAUGAGCUGGUCCGACUCAAAGGGAACAUCCGAGUGUUGUGCCGCGUCCGACCCGUCAGUCAGCAGGAAACUGACUCGGCCGACACCAGAACCGUGUUGACCUUUGACCCGGACGACGAUGCCAUCCUCUACCUCACCAACAAGGGCAAAGUCACGACCUUUGACCUAGACAAAGUCUUCCGGCCUCAGGCCACGCAGGAAGAGGUGUUUCAGGAAGUUCAGUCUCUGGUCACUUCCUGUAUCGAUGGCUUUAACGUUUGUAUCUUUGCGUACGGACAGACGGGAUCAGGAAAGACGUACACCAUGGAGGGCGUUCCCGAAGACCGCGGUCUCAACCAGCGAGCGCUCUGCCUCCUCUUCUCUGAAGUGACGGACAAAAGUCCGGACUGGGAAUACAAGAUCAGCGUCAGCAUGGUGGAAAUUUACAACGAGACUCUCAGGGAUCUUCUGGGUGAGAACGUCUCUGACAAACUGGACAUCAAGAUGAAUCCUGACGGCAGUGGACAGCUUUACGUUCCCGGACUGACGCAAGUCCCGGUCCAAAGUCCCGAUGACAUCAACAAGGUUCUGGAGUUGGGCGUGGUUUGCCGAGCGACGGCGUGCACCAACCUGAACGAGCACAGUUCUCGUUCUCACGCGCUGCUCAUCGUCAGCGUCAACGGACUCAACGCCACCACAGGAAGUUGCACGCAAGGGAAACUGAACCUAGUGGACCUGGCUGGCUCGGAGCGAAUCAGGAAGUCCGGCGCGGAGGGUGGGCGCCUGCGAGAGGCUCAGUGCAUCAACAAGUCCCUGUCGGCGCUCGGCGACGUGAUCAACGCGCUGCGCUCCAAACACGCUCACGUCCCGUUCAGAAACUCUCGGCUGACCUACCUCCUCCAGGACAGUCUCGGGGGAGACAGCAAGACUGUGAUGAUGGUGCAGGUGUCCCCUCUUCUCGGAAACCUCAGCGAGUCGCUCUGCUCGCUCAAGUUCGCUCAGCGUGUUCGCAGCGUGGAGCUGAACUCCACGAGCGCCGUCUGCAGGAGGCUGGACAACUCGUCCGCUUCGUCCUCGCCGACCCACGACGGCGUCGAGCUGGACUCGCCUCCCGUGACCCCGCUGCCCCUCCCAAUCUCUCGUGCAAGCAGCGCUGGGUCCUCCCUCUCCUCCGCCUCCAGAGCUUCCAGCAGCUCCCGCCGAAAAUCCCAGUCGCAGCUUUCCACUGGACGGCUGAAGAUGGCGGCGUGAGACGUGGAUGUCAUCCUGGGAGGAGCGUUGGUUUCCAUGGUGAUGAGCUGACAACAGUGUUCAUUUUCUUGCACUUUAAGCUGAUAUCCACCCCCUCCGACCCCCCCACAUUUUAAUUUGAAUAUUGUGAUGAACAUUUUUCAUCCAAUCAGGAUGCUGGCAGUUUUUAAACCAGACCAAACGUGGUCUUUCUGAACACGCGUGCACACGUGUGUGUGUGUGUGUGUGUGCAAGACACAUUGUGUCAUGUGACUGAUGAUCAACUCCUAACUAGUUUGCUUUUUGUAUUUCCUUUUUAAUAAACGUGGAAAAACAAACGUAUGUUAGCAUAGUGUCGACUGUCAGCCAUGAACGUAAACGAUGGUGACUACGCCGUGUUAGUCCUAACGUAUUCCAACACAAGCUAGCGCUAUAUGGAUGUAUGUGUGUGUAUGUAUGUGUGUGUAUGUAUACGUGUGUAUGUGUGUAUACGUGUAUGUGUGUAUACGUGUAUAUGUGUGUGUUGACGUGUAUGUGUGUGUGUUGACGUGUAUAUGUAUACGUGUGUAUAUGUGUGUGUAUAUGUAUACGUGUGUAGACGUGUAUAUGUGUGUGUGUGUAUAUGUGUGUGUAUACGUGUAUAUGUAUGUAUACGUGUGUAUGUAUAUGUGUAUAUGUAUGUAUACAUGUAGACGUGUAUACGUGUGUGUGCACAUGUGUAUACAUACAGGUGUAGGUGUAUACAUACAUGGGUAUACGUGUAUAUGUAGUGCUGUGCUUAUGAGACAUGACGUUAGAUUACCUUUCUCACUGCAUGGAGACUCGCUGAGUCGGUAUGCCAUGGCUGAGAUGAAGGGGGAGGUUCUCCUCUCAUUCCGUGUGGAAGUGGUAAGGUAUUGCCUUUUUUUUGUCCUCCUUCCCCACUCUGUUUGAAACACUUUAGAAUAAGUACAUUUGAGAGGCUAACUAGUUAGCUCGCUAGCUUGCUAUGUUAGCAGCAGCCCCUGCAGUGAUAGUUUGAAAGUGACUACAGGGAGGAUCAGCAGGUCCAUGCUUCUUGGCAUAUCCCUUUGGUGUUGCAAAGACGUUUGUGCGAUUUAUUUCUGGGUAAGUUGGGAGUUUUAUUACUGCGAUGUUGCGAUACAAUCCUGGUCAGGUCUGACUUGGUGGGCCCCUUUAGUAAUACGAUGACUCCAUAUCUGGGGGGCCAUGGUUGUCUCUGUGAUGGCGUUUUGACAGGAAGUGAUGCGCCUGACCUGGUUUAGUGUGGUGUUGUGAUUUUGCAGCAUCAUCACACAUGGUGCUUUUUUUCCACCCACGCCGACAACUUGAUGUUUAUCACUGAGCGACUUCCUCAGCCGCCGCUGCGCUCAUCUCGCUCAAAUCAAACAUCAGCAAACUUGGUAAGCAAGAAACCUCAAGUCACUCAGAUCCUUCGCUGAUAUUUCCAAGAACGUAUUUGGUAGUACCUUCAGCGUUUGAACUCCUCCUCCUGACUGCUUUCGUUUCUACGCAUCAAAGUGAUGCAAGUGAAAUAACGUUCCGUUAAGAACGUUCACAAGGGGUGAGCCAUACUGCAAGUAAAAAUACCGGGCCAGGAUGCUGAUACCAAUACUUUAUACAGCGAUAUCACGGAUUUUGUUAUUCAUUUGUUCCAAAAGCUUCGACAAAAAGGCAAUUUUUCCUCAUAGGACCAAAUAUGGUAACAAAUGAUGAAAUAAUGUAGAAAUGAUGGCUAGGUGGAGCUCAUGCUGUGUACUUCCUGUGCUUCCUGGCCAGAUCACAUCCAAUAGUGUCUCUCCCCUCCAUCAACGUGCUGGCACUUGCAACUUUCUUUGGCCCCGUGGUGGGUUAUUUUGCAGUCGCACUUGACAGAAGUGCACGGAGGGGUGUGUCAGCAAGAUAACGGUACAAAGCAGGGCAAACUGACUAGCUUGUUUUGGGCAAGGUGUUACUUUACAAAUACAGUGUUCCCUCCUUUAUCACGGGGGAUAGGUUGCCAAAAUAGCCCGCAAUAAGUGAAAUCCACAAAACAGCCAAGUUGGUUUCCAAUGAUUCUAUAUGUUUUAAGACUGUAACACCCCCCCCAAAAAAAACACGUUUUUAUGGUUUUAAAGUUAAAGUGGUUUAAAGUAGUUUUGUGCGCAUGAAACAAUUGUAAAUGCAUAUAAAUACCAAAUGAAAGCUAGGUUACUUUUACCUUCACUCAACACUACUGUUCCCAAAGACACCACCUUCCUGUUUUGCCAUGAGUUAUUUCUCACCUUCUUUAUCAAAAUGCUGGCACUUGGAGCUUUAUUUGGGGUUACGUAUUGAGGUGAGAAACGACUCACGGAAGAUGAUGGUGGUUGAUCUCGCUGCCGCAAGGCGUCUUGGGGAACGAUCACGUCUUCAUUGAAGGUAAAAGUCAUCUUAAAUGUUCAUGUGUCGCUUUCAUUCCUCAUUUAUAUGCAUUUCUAAUUGUUUUGUGCGUGUCAAACUAAAUUUGUAAAACUCUAAAAAUGUGUUUUGGCUUUCUGGAACGGCUAGUUGGGUUUACAUUUCUUCUGACGGGAAAAAUGGCUUCGGUUCGAGCAGGGGUGUCCAAAGUUUUUCCAGUGAGGGCCACAUACUGAAAAAUAAAAGGCUGCAAGGGCCACUUUGAUAUUGAAGACGUGGAUAUUUUGCUUUCCCAUGUUGGAACUUUUUCUUCAACCUCAUUUUCCAAAAGUGACUAUUUUGUUUUUCAUAAUAUUACGUCCUUUAAAAAAAUAACAAAUAAAAUUCUUUAACAUUGCAACUCUGCUACUAAAAUUUCAUUUUUCUUUUUAUUACAAGUUUCUUAUAAAAUUGCAACUUUUUUAUCUCUUGUUAGAAAACUACUUUUUCGUUUUGACUUUUACUCUCGUAAAAUUAAAGCUGUUUUUUCCAUUUCUGUUUUUUUAUGUCCAACUAUUUCAGGUUUGUCUUGUAAAUUGAAAUUAAACAUAAAAAGGACAAAUUCCAUUUUUUGUAAGUUAUGUUAAAGUCAAUAUCACGGGAAUGAUGAUUUUUAUUCCCAUGAUAUUGACUUUAUUCUCUUAUCCAAUCCACUUUAUUUAUAUAGCACAUUUUAUAAACACUGUUUCCAAAGUGCUGCACUGACUAGCAAAACCACAAAUAAUAAGUCAAUAAGGGAAUGUAAAUAAAUAAAAA